AUGGAGACCGAGUCCGGGGCGCAAACAUCAAAUCAGACGCAAACAGAUUCAUUAUCUCCAUCCCCUAAUCCUGUGUCACCUGUGCCUUUGAAUAACCCAACAAGUGCCCCAAGAUAUGGAACAGUGAUCCCUAAUCGCAUCUUUGUAGGAGGAAUUGACUUUAAGACAAAUGAAAAUGAUUUAAGAAAAUUUUUUUCCCAGUAUGGGUCUGUAAAAGAAGUGAAGAUUGUAAAUGACAGAGCUGGAGUGUCCAAAGGGUAUGGUUUCGUCACUUUUGAGACACAAGAAGAUGCACAAAAAAUUUUACAAGAGGCUGAAAAACUUAAUUAUAAGGAUAAGAAACUGAACAUUGGUCCAGCAAUAAGAAAACAACAAGUAGGAAUCCCUCGUUCCAGUAUAAUGCCAGCAGCUGGAACAAUGUAUCUAACGACUUCAACUGGAUAUCCUUACACAUAUCAUAAUGGUGUUGCUUAUUUUCAUACUCCAGAGGUAGCUUCUGUCCCACCACCUUGGCCUUCACGUUCUAUAUCUAGUUCCCCUGUGAUGGUAGCUCAGCCAGUUUAUCAGCAACCUGCAUAUCACUACCAGGCCCCUGCACAGUGUCUACCAGGACAAUGGCAGUGGGGUGUUCCUCAGUCUCCUGCCUCGUCUGCUCCAUUCUUAUACCUGCAGCCUUCUGAGGUUAUUUAUCAACCAGUGGAAAUUGCACAAGAUGGUGGAUGUGUUCCUCCUCCUCUGUCUCUGAUGGAAGUUCCAGAGCCUUAUUCUGAUCAUGGUGUUCAAGCAACAUAUCACCAGGUUUAUGCUCCAAGUGCCAUUGCUAUGCCUGCACCUGUGAUGCAGCCUGAACCAAUUAAAUGUGGAGCAUUCAUUAUUAAGACAAUUGGGCAGCUCUAGUCCAACUCAACUGAUUUCUUGUCCAGUGAUCCUUGUGUGGCCGAGAUCCAGCUUCGACGAACCGGCUAG